AUGAUGUCGGCACAGCUCCAGCAGUCCGAUGCUGGUGCUGCAGCGUCGUCGCAACCCAGUCAGAGCACGAAUGAAGCUCAGGCGCAACGAACCCAAUCCUUCGGCCCUCUCACGAAUCGCGCCGCAAGCAGCAAGAGCCCUUUUGUUCGAGCCAACUCUGAGAGCGCCAUAGCAUGGCAACUUCUGGAUGACGAGGCGAUCAGUCGGGCCAAGGGAGAGAACAAGCCGAUCUUCCUCAGCAUCGGAUACCUGGCUUCUCACCACUGUCAUCUGGCCCACCAAGAGACCUUCUCGAACCCCAAGAUCGCGUCGCUCCUCAACCAAGAGUUCGUCCCGAUUCUGAUCGACCGCGAAGAAUACCCCAACAUCGACAGCGUCUACAUGAGCUACAACCAAUCCCUCAAUAGCAACGCGGGAUGGCCCCUCAAUGUGUUCCUCACCCCGGAGCUGGAGCCUGUGUACAGCGGCACAUACUGGGCACCACCGGGAACCGACGGUAGUGUUGCUGCUGCGGCUGCGGCUGAUGGAGCUGCGAAACCCCUGGAUUGGUUGACUGUCAUCGAGAAGGUUCAUUCUUCGUGGCAGAAUGAGGAAUCUCGGGUUCGAGCAGAGGCCCAGAAGAGUCUCAUCGAGCUCCAGCAGCUUUUAGGGGAGGGGACUCUAGUCGCAACAGAGCGCCAGAGUCCCGCGGAGGAAAUCACUCGCUCAGCCACCGACUACUCGGCCGAGAUCCAGGGCGAAGUCGAUUUAGACCAGCUCGAGGAGGCGUACGAGCGUAUUACUAGAACUUUCGACCCUGUCUUUGGCGGAUUCGGCCAGGCAGACAAGUUCCUGACUCCGCCGAAGCUUUCGCUCAUCCUGAGGGCAACGCAGUUUCCACAGGUGGUCCAAGAUGUGGUAGGACCCGAGGAAUGUGUAUACAUCAGCACUAUGGGCCUGCAUACACUCCGCCGCAUCGUGACUGGUGCUGUUCACGACCACAUUGGAGGAGGUUUUCACCGACACUCGAUUACUAGAGAUUGGUCGCUACCGUCAUUUGAGAAACUGCUCAUCGACAAUGCCCUGCUCCUAGGCCUCUUCCUCGACGCCUGGCUCCUCUCAGGCGGCCAGCCCCAGCACGAGUUCGCCGAUACGGUGACUGAGGUGGCUGAUUAUAUCACCAGCGAUACUAUGGUGUCUGAGAAGGGUGGCUUCUUCACCAGCGAAGUGGCGGACUCGUACAAUCGACGAGGCGAUAAGGUCAUGCGCAAUGGAGCAUUCUAUCUGUGGACAAGAAAAGAGUUUGACACUGCAGUUGGAAAUGAAGAUGAGUCCAAGACCGCCGCAGCGUAUUGGAAUGUGCAGGAACACGGCAAUGUCGACAGUGCGCACGAUCCCCUGGAUGAGUUCCUUAACCAGAACGUCAUUCACAUCGUCAAGAACCACACGAGACUCAGCAAGCAACUGGUCCUGACAGAGGAAGAAGUGAAGCGUCGCAUCGAUUCAGCCAAGGCGAAACUGCGAAGUUACCGUCAGGCGGAGCGUGUAAAACCGGACGUUGACACGAAAAUCGUGACCUCAUACAAUGGCAUGGCUAUUGCAGCAUUGUCUCGAACAGCUGCGGCUAUAUUCGACAAAAAGGACCCUGCGACUGGAAAGAGAGAGAAGUAUUUGACAGCUGCAAAGAACGCGGCUCUCUUCAUCAAGAACGAGCUCUGGGACAGCAGCGAGAAGACUCUUUACCGAAUGUAUUGCGACGGUCGAUCCGACGUCAAAGCGUUCUCUGAGGACUAUGCUUUCCUCAUCGAGGGUCUUAUCGAGCUCUAUGAAGCCUCAGCCGACGCUUCGUGGCUUGAAUGGGCCGAUGAGCUGCAGGCGGUGCAAAUAACGCUCUUCUACGAUCAACCCACGACUACACCCACGCAGGCUAACGCUAGGUGCGGAGCCUUCUACUCCACUACCCACGAUGCGCCGUACACGCUGCUUUGUUACAAAGACGCCAUGGACAGCUCGCAGCCGUCCGCCAAUGCCGUCUCUGUAUCAAAUCUCUUCCGACUCGGAGCACUUUUGAGCGACGAGAAGUACACGUACCUGGCAAAGGAGAGCCUCAACGCCUUUGCCGUGGAGAUGCUCGAGCACCCCAACCUCUUCCCGGGCCUGCUAUGUGGCAUCGUGCCUUGGAAACUAGGAGGUCGACACUGGGUUUGUAUGUUCAAGGACGAGCCGGACCGCCACGAGCUCGCAGGCUUUUACAAGGCUCCGCGUUCCGCCUUGUUCACGGUACGAUACCAUACCGGCGACGAACCCCAUGCCUGGAUCCGCAGACGGGACCCGGGCAGUGAGACCUUCCGUCGAGCGAAUGCUGUGUACAUGGGCGGCGCUAAGGUCCUUGGCACUAUCUUGCCGGAGGGCAUUAUCACGCCGACGGGAAGCCAUUUCCCUGGCAUUAACACAGUAUAA